AUGCCUUACAGCUCUAGCGAGUCUAUAUUUGUGAAUCCCGGAAUAUGCGAUAAUUAUGGGACACAAGUGCAGAAAUUUUACGAUGACGAAAUUGAAUCCUAUGUACAUAGAAGUGGAAAUGGGAGGCAGAACAUUCGCACAGGUGGAUGUAGCAGUAGAAGGGGUUCAAGAAAUCUUUUAUCUAAAAUGCUUAUGUUCUCGUCAUUUUCUAGUUUGUUGAGUAGCAUUCCAUCUGAGAGUACACUGGACAACUCGAUAAUGCCCGAACACCAAAUAUAUCCGUAUGAUAACUUUUGUAGAGGAGACGCAAGGGAAAGCAGAUACGUACAGAUGGUAGACAAAAGUAAGCGUGUGAAAAGGGGAAUCGUAGCGGAUCCACUAUUGGGCAAUUCGUAUAACGACGUCAGGAGCGAUGAAAGCAUCGACCUCAGCAGUGAUGAGAGGAGUGAUGGGAUGAGUGAUGGGAGGAGUGAUGGGAUGAGUGAUGGGAUGAGUGAUGGGAGGAGUGACGAGAGCAGUGGUGAUGAGAAUGACGACGUGUGGAACCUCUCAGACGGAUCCCUUGAAGACAUCGAAAUAGGGGAGGAAGUGUUCGAGGAUGGCAUCUUGAUGAACUCAAAUUACGAUAAAAUAAGAACUCUCAAGUAUAACAAGAUAAUAGAGGAUGACGAAGUUCCAGCCGGUUGCGAAAGUUCAGAUUUUAAUACACACAUGACUGAAGAGGAUGUAAAUGAGAGCAUUAAAAAUUUGGAUGACCCAGUGUCAUUCAGGGAUAUGUUUAUUGUGUAUAAUUCAUUUCAUGAAAAUGAAAGAAAUAAAUUUAAAACAAUGCAAAACACUUUAAAAAAUUUGUUUGAUCAUGUGGCCGAAGAAGAACCUUUGGACGAAGGUUAUAAGAAGAAGAUAUGGGCUGAUAUUUCUACCUAUAUGAUUCAUGAAAUGUUAAAAAAAGAUUUUGAAGAUUUUAAAUCUUUAUAUAAAUUAGAGGAAAUGGGAAAAUAUACUCGUGAUGAGUAUGUGCGCUUCCUAAGGGAGAAGAAAUCCUCUUGGAAUUUCUUUUUGCGCCAUAUGGAAGCAAUAGGAAGGAACAUGAUAUAUAACUCUGUGACAAGGGGAUCGCACAAUGGAAGGGAUCAUGCAAUCAUUUGA